AUGUUCACCCACAGCAACGAGAAGGCCCAACCAGGUCUUGUUGACAAAACAAACUGCUCACCACCAUCGACUUUGGAGCUUGUCCGUACUCCAGGCCUCGCCAUCUUCCCUCAAUACGUUGCCGACAAGCCCACCACCCUCAGCCUCCGCAGCAAAUGGCUCAGCAAGGAUCUCUCCAUCCUCUUCGAAGACGGCCGUCCUUUUAUCCACGCCACACGCCAUUCCGACUACUAUGUCCUUACUGAAGUCACCUCUAAUGCCCUCCUCUGCGUCCUGCAUUCCAACCCAGACGGCGAUGAUAACCCGUACUACGCCCAACUCUCGCCGGACCCCGACUCACCGCGCAUCUUUGAGACUAACACCGUCAAGCGCAUACUCCACAGCAACGAGACAGACAUGCAGUUCAAGAAUGCCCAGAAUCGCGGACAGUGGGCAAUGCUGGAGUUUAAAGACCAAGGGCAUCUCGGCUUUGGAGGGACGAUUAUGUCCGAUGGGGUGCCCGUGGCCGUCAUCAUGAGAAGUAAGGGCAAGUUCGGACAUGAGUAUCGGAUGGAGGUUGCAGAAGGGGUGGAUAUGUUUAUGGUGGCGGCGCUAGCGGUGGUGAUGGAGGAUCAGCUUCCCGCUGCUCGUGGCGGAGGAGGUGGACAGGAGGCUUAA